ACAACAGAGUUAGGACAUCGAGGGACGCUUCGGAAUCCGGGCUCGGUCUGAACUGAAUGGGAACCGGAGAUAUCCUCUCAUACUGGUAUUAGAUCAAUUUCUGUACUAUUGCAGCUACAUCUCUCCGUCUCCACACCACGAUUUGACAUUUACUUCUGUAAAGAUGCCGAUAUUGAAGAUACCCAUCGUGCACAGAUUUGGCAUAAUUUCCCAAAAUGAUCACCUACUGCUUGAGGCUAGACUUGCGAAAAUGGCUCAAGAAACCUCGAAGUCUCACUAUUCAAAGGAUGUCGCAAAAACACCCCUCUUUGAAGUCACAGAACAAUUUGUCCUUGAAUAUAAGUCUGCAAAAAUGCAAAAAGAAAAGGAACGACUGAUUGAAAUGGCUAAGAAAAUGCUCACCAGAAAUAAGCGCAAAGCUGGCCUGAGUACAAUGGGCUCAGGAGAUCAUGUAAAUCUAUCAGUAGCUUGGACCGAGCUAGCUUUGCUGGUUCAGUGUAAAGGUAAAAUUCAGGAAGAAGCGUUGGACAUUCUCUUGAUUUCUCUGGACCACGCACCAUUUCAUCCAGACCAGAUUCCAGUUUUGUUCUUCCUAGCAGAGUCAGUUUUGUAUUGGAUUUGUACAGAUGCAGUGAAGCAAUCAUAUCUGUACAACUGCGAAGUCAAGAUAAUAAAGGUUGGAUUUUUAACUUUUCUAAGAUUGUUUACCUUUCACCUUGCUGGAUUGAUAGGACCAUUUGAGCAAUGUAAAUAUCGCCUUCAAGAUUUCUUAAAAGGUGUCCCACAGUGUGAACCCUGCUAUCGAUCCUACCCGAGUGUUUUGCUGCAUAUUCACUUCAUCAUUGGCACAGGAGAAAUAAUCUGUGGCUCUCUGACAUCAUGUGAAGAAAAUACUCAUGUUAUUUUGGAUGAGGAUCCAAAUAAAGAUAGCUACGGCCAGAUAAGAAAAGAUUGCCAAUCUCCUCAGCAAGUGGAUGAGCCUGGACAGAAAAGAUGUACCAUCAACCCUGUGCUAAGGGAAUGCCUUAUGGUUUGGAUUUGUGUGAAGCAUAAUACGCAGCUCUUAGAUGAUGUUCUGCAGCACCUUCUCCAAAAGGAGCAACUCUGCAAGGCUAAUUGGAUUGAUUCUACACUUGGCUUGCUGCUCCUUAGUGAGGCUGCCAAGAUAAACAUGGCUUGUUUGAAAGCUUUGAAAGAGCUGGGUAUAAAACUUAUUACACAGUUAAGUGUUCACAGCUUAAAGCAGAAAAAUGUGAGCAUAGAUCUGCGUGUUUGGCCUUUGCUCUACUGUUGUAUAUUAGGAGACAUCUGCCUCCAUGGCAGUACUCCAGAAAUUCAAAAGGCUGCUCUAAUUGGGUGUGAGAUUUCAUCAAAAUCAGCCGACAGGAACAAUACACCAGGAUUACUUGAUCUUCUACAAACCCAGCCAGCAGCAACAUAUGAGCAGCGCAGUUGCUGGUGGAUUCGCUAUGGAGCAGCAUACAGCUUAGGAAAAGUCUGUCAUAUUCUCCAUGGUGACAGAAAUCGAGAGGGGAUGAGGAAUGUUGCAUGGAAAGCUCUGCAGAAACAUCAGAGCUUGGAACAAGACACUCGAGUGCUUACAGCCAUUAAAGUUGCUGAGGCAGAAUUAAAUGGUCCAAUAAACCCUUUCAUUAACAUAAGCUCUAAGACAUCAUCACCCAAGCACUCAGUAGCAGUUUGCUCUCUGGGUUGGCGAAUAGUGAAUGUUCUGUCUCAGCUGUGUUUACCUCCAGUAGUUCCUUAUAUUCCUUUGCCUCGAUUGCUGCCGCAAAGACCCAUUCUUACCAGACCUUCCAUUCAGAAAAAAAUGAAUGUCGACAGGAAAAAAGUACAUCUUUCCCUCAGGCAAGAAAUAAUAUUGGCACAAGCUGGUCAUAUGUCAUUACCCAAUUUCAAUACUCGUGCAGACUUUGAUCUGCGGAGAAUAGUGGAAGAUCAGUGGAGGAAAGAACUUCAUUUUAAAAUGGAAGAGGAAGAAAAGAGCAGACAUCUACAAUUGGAAGAAAAGCAGAAAAUGGAUGCACAAGAUUUCAGUGAACUGAUGAAGAGGAAGGAAGAGACACUUGAAAAAACUAUCAGCUGCACAUGAAAUGUCUGUUUGAGGGGAAAUCGUAAGGGGAACAGGUUCAUCAUGGUGUUGGAGAGGCAACAUUUCAUUGCAUGAUGAAGCAGUGUCAUAUGGAAAAGCUUAUCCAUGCUCUGGUUUUUCUGAGUUUCUAUUAGAAUUCAUUAAAACAAAGAAACAAUAGGAGUUUUUGGGAAUUUGAUUAAUAUUAAUACUUAAAUGAUAUUAAAACAGCCUUACACUUUACUAAAUAAUAUUUUCUUUAAAAAAAUACAUAUUAAUUAAUAUGUUCUUUAAACCAAGUACAUCAUUACUAAUUUGGUCUAAUAUCAGGGUAGAGAUGACUGGUCAGUGUUAAUCAGUAUGAUUGAUUCACAAUUUAACUGUCGAUUACAUUCACUGACAGAUCACUAUUUAAAAUGUAGCAUAUCACAGUAUAUACAGUACCUAGAUUUAAAAAAAAAUUCAAUAAUGACCCAAAUGUUUAUCAAUUCGAGCAAACAUUAGUUGCUGCUUUAAUCCAGCAUUAAUUGCUCAUUCCUAAAUACAUGCAGUCCUCUACUUCCUUCUUUCUCAAUCUUUUUUAUUAAGUUUAGAAUAAAACAUAACAACGAUAAUGAUACAAAGAGAUGGGGAUUACAUUACUAACGGUUAACGUAUACAGACACAGACUCCAAGUAACGUGUGUAAUCUAAGCCUCCCAAUCUCUUAGUAAAUGAAGAUGAAAAAGAUUCAAAAAAUUUUAUACAAAGAAGUCUCCCUAAACUUAAAAAAAAAACAAAAGCUGGACUGCCAUGUUUCAUCAAUUAAAAUCAUAAUUUGUCAUUAAUCCGCUCGUCUAUACAGGAACUAAAAGUUAUUGAGAAGGAUUCGGGAAAAGGUCGCAGUCCCCUGCUUCUGAGAGUUUUCUAUAAGUGUUCUGGUUCUGUUCCAUAAGGUGAAUUUUAUUUAAGUUGUAUUUCACUGACAUCAUAGAAAUGUAAGAAGAAAGUAAACCCAUUGUAGUAGAAAGAUACUACAUUGAAAUAAACCCGCUGAGUCCAUGUUGGCCUUCAAGCACUGGUACCCAUUUUUACAUGAACAUCUAACCCAUUUUAUUCUCUUCCAUUCUCAUUAACUCUACCACUUACACACAUAAUCAAAGCAAUUUACAGAAGUCAAUUAACUACCAGCCCAUACAACUUGGAAUGUGGGAGGAAUUCAAACCUUCCAGAGGGAACCCAGGCAGUUACAGGGAAGGUGUGCAAACUCUGCACAAACACUGGAGUCAGGUUUGAAUCUGGAUCACCAGAGCUAGGAGACGGUACUGUAGAAAUAAAAAUAAAACCUAAUGGAUUAAUUGGAAAGUAAUUUAAUAUUAACAUCACCUACCUUAAUUACUAGUACCAGCUCGUUUGUAGUACCCAAAUGCCUCAGUCAAGACUUUACCUGUGAAAUCUAGGUGAACCAUUUGUUUGGGUAACUCUAGUGAUCUUCUCCGACUUCAGCUCCGAUAAAUCCUUUUAUGUAAGCUCUUGGGAGAACAUUUAGCAGCAUUUUGAUUUUGUCAACAUCUAGCUCAAGUUCAAGUGCUAAGUCACCUUGACGUCUGUACUGGUAAUGCUCCUACAUUGAGAGAUUAAGGUAUGUCAAAUAAGAUAGUAAUACAGGUUGCUUGGUUAGACUCCCAUAUAACAAUGCCUGGCGACUUUCAUGGUGAUAUACUAGAAGAGAACUCAAUUUGCAGCCCCCAGCUGCAUUGCAUCACUUUAACUGCAUGCAUUGAUCUCUCUUCCUUUGCAGUACAUGCACAAGGAGGUAUUUUAUUCCACAGUAAACUAACCAUGUCUCAAUUUGCUUUGAUAAAUAACCCACCCCACACCUCACAGAUGAUUUCAGCCAGCACCUUGCAAAUUGCCUGGCUCUCUCCUCUUCAAUACUGGCAGCUUCUCUGCUCACUUCCACAUCAUGAGAAUACACACUUGCGUUCAAACUAAUGAAACAACUAGUUGUUGAGAAGAGCUUAUGGCUUUUAGGAUUAAUAGUUUUUCCAUUUCUGAAACCACUCCAGAUUAUUGCUUCAUAAGCACAGUGGGACUUUCGACUCUGUUGUGUUCCAGGCAUGGUGACCACAUUGGAUAUGUUUAAAUAAAGAGGAUGUAAAGUUAAUGCUUGCUCAAAUACAGUUGCUUCACUGUAUUUCUCCUCUAUCCUGAUGAAUAAUGCUUCCUACUGUCUUUGAGCAUGAUAAACAGAGCAAAAAGCUGAAAUUACUUCAGGUUACUGAGCAGCUGCAUAAUAGAAGGACCACAUGCCCUGCCAACAUUUUAGUAAGUAGUUCCCAUGUCCAUAGAGUCAUAGAAUAUUACAACAGGGACACAGGUCCUUUGGCCAACUCUUCAAGGAGUCCAUC